UCUCAGGCUUUGUCCGAUAUUUUGCCUCGGUCCGUAACCUAUCGGAAAUUGCGAAACGCACUACAAAAUAACCUCAUCCUCCACAGUUUAUGUUCAGAAUCAGCGGCUCUGCCUAAAAAGUGUGGGAAAAAAGCUUGGUUAUCAUGCAGUGUUACAUCAAACUAUGGCUCACUUUCCGAUCCUCUGGUUAUCUCCCCACUGUGGCAAUUUUCAUCCCAGAGCUUGACAUUGCAGCCAUUGAUUCCAAGUACAAUGUUAGACCAUUCAAGCAGGCGGAGCCAAGCGCUGUUACAGGUUACAAUACGGUUGAAUUAGAGGCACUUGACUUUUCACAGUACAAGGAUGGCCUGGAGGGGUAUGAAUCCAGAAAGAGGUUGGCUAGUAGUUUGGAAAAGUCAAUUUCCACCUACGGGUUUUUCAACAUCACUAACUGGGGGUUUCCCUCGGAGGACUUGGAGAAAUUAAAGUCAUACAGUCAGGCAAUCCUUGACUUGCCCCAGGAAGAAAAGCUCCAGUUUUUGUCCGGCGCCAUGAAGACCGACUUGGAGGACAGAUCUAAAAGCUUAGGAGCCGAGAGAGGCCAUGGCUUCAAGCCUAGAGGCUACUGGACCAUCAAUAACGGAGUUCAAGAUUCGAUUGAGUUCUAUAACUUUAGGGAUAUCUUGCAUGACGGCCCUUUCUUUAUCGAAAAGAAGUACCCCGAAGUGGCGCAGGCUCACUUGCCUGAGUUUGCUAGUUAUUAUCGCUAUCUCCAUUUUAACGUUUUGCGGAGGUUAUUAAACUUGUGCGAUAUCAUUUUGCAGCUUCCAGAGGGCUACUUGUGGGAGAACCAUUUCAAGGUUUGGAAAGGUGAUCUCAAGAUGAAUUCCGGGUCUGGGGUUGCCAGGCUCAUGCAUUACUUGGCAAUGCCAGUGGAAGAUGAGGAAAAGACUGGAGGCACCUGGUUGAGAGGCCAUUCUGAUAGCGGUGCGUUCACCUUCAUCACCUCUCAGCCCAUCCUCUCGCUUCAGAUUAGAGACUACUAUACGGGUGAAUGGAAGUACGUCGGGCAUAAGCCAGACUCUUUGAUUGUUAAUAUCGGAGAUGCCAUGGAAUUCUUGACGGGAGGGUACUUUAAGUCCUCCAUUCACCGAGUGGUUGCGCCACCUGACGAUCAGAGACAGUUCAAGAGAUUGGUGAUGAUCUACUUCAACAAUUUGGCCCUCAACACGAUUGCGGACCCCACUUCCUUGAACUCUCCUAAGUUAAGGUCGUUGGGGUUCAACAAGCCGGAGGAAUGGGACACCAUCACGCAGUUCCAGUGGGACGACGAAAAGUCCCGGUUGUAUGGCGCCAAAAAGAUUAAUUCCAAGCCGGGCGACGAGCCUGAAUUGGUGAAAUUGUUUGGCAGAAACCAUGAAAGAUGGCAUCAAGCCGAAGGGGACCUUAGGUUGGAAAAACUAAGCCUUGCGAGUGUUUGA